UGUAUACGAAGACAGCGCAUGCCAGGCGUAUGCGACGUAACAAAAUAAUCUCGGGCGAGGCUAUUUUUGCCCGAUUUUCCGUCGGCACCUGAUUUGCUUUGGACUUGCUUUGCAUUAGAGACAGUAAUGGCAGCUGCUUCAGACUCACUAUCAUUGGAAGGAGAUGUUAUGAGAGCUGUGGAGCUGCUGGAAAAGCUCCAGAAAGCUGGUGAGGUGCCGGCCUCGAAGCUGGCCACCCUGCAGCAGGUGCUACGCUCUGAUUUUCUGGGUGCGGUGCGCGGUGUCUACGAGCACGUGUACGAGACCGUGGUGUUGCCCGGCACGGCUGAGACGCGAGCUUCUGCCACCGCCAAGGCGACGGUGGCCGCGUUCGCCGCGUCCGAGGGCCACGCCCACCCGCGCCUUGUGCGGCUCGAGCGCGACGCCGACGGUCUCGGCUUCAACGUGACCGGCGGCCAGGAGCCGGGGGCACCGGUGCUGGUGAGCCGCGUGCUGGAGGGCGGCGCGGCGGCGCGCCGGGCCGGCCUACGUCGCGGCGACCAGCUGCUGGCCGUCGACGGCGCCUCGGUGGAGGGCGAGCCGCACGGCCGCGUGGUCGAGCUGCUGCGCGCCACCGGCGGCGCCGUCACGCUGCUCGUG